ACUUUCUCAGUGGCUCAGGGCUGUUCUUGCUGAAAGACGGGAAAUGCGUUCACGAGAGGAGUGUCUUCUACAGAACAGAUGGGUUUGAUUCAGAAGUUUAUGUAGUUAGAUAACAACGAAAGGCUCAGGUUUACUCUCCAUUCUCCAGCGAAUUAACUGAGAUCCAGUCAUGGCACAAAACAAAAGGGGUUACACUUGCUUCGAAAACCCUCCUCCGUUCAUCGUGAACCAGCCAGCUCCGCCGGGCUUCGUGAUGCCGCCGCCGUACGAAACCACCGUCCUCGGUGCGGGACCGAUCGCUGGCGUCCCCGUCGUCCCACCGCCGACCGCUUUCGGGAAUCCUACGUACAGACAGGCGUAUCCGCAGCAUCCGUGCCCUUACAAGAAACCGCCUCCGUACGAAAUGGCGACGGGGCAGGCGGGACACGGCGAUCCUCCUCUAAACUGCGAGAAGAAGCCGUUCGACUCGGAACUCGACGAUAAAGCCGUCAGGAGGCUGUUCGUUCGCAAGGUUUUCUCGGUCUUGAGUGUUCAGCUGGCCAUCACCUGCGGCUUCGUGGCCGUCUUCACGUUCGAGCCUCACGUCAAGCGCUUCGUGAAGCAGAACCCCUUGACGUACUUGGCCGGCUACGCGGCCUUCCUCGUGCCCUACCUAGUGAUCCUGUGCUGCGGAGAGUUUCGUAGGAAGCAUCCGUGGAACCUGGUUUCUCUGAGCAUCCUGACGCUGGGCAUGUCCUACAUGGUGGGAGUGAUCUCCAGCUUCUACGACACUGAUAUCGUGAUGAUGGCGGUCGGUAUCACGGUGCUGGUCUGCUUCACGGUCAUCGUCUUCUCUCUGCAGACCAGAUAUGACUUCACUUCCUGUUCCGGCGUGCUGUUCGUCUGCUUCAUCGUCCUGAUGUUCUUCGGGAUCCUGUGCAUCUUCAUGUACCACAGGAUUCUGGACCUGAUCUACGCGGCGGUGGGAGCCCUGAUCUUCACCUGCUUCCUGGCCGUGGACACACAGCUGCUUCUCGGGAACAAGAGCCUGUCUCUGAGUCCCGAGGAGUACGUCUUCGCCGCGCUCAACCUCUACCUGGACAUCGUUCAGAUCUUCUCCUUCAUCCUGAGGAUCUUCGGAAGAGGCCGCGGCUGAACGUCCUUCGGCGUCGACUGGAAUCCACUUCUAUAUCGACUCUCGCCCGUCUUCAGACGAACACAACCUCAGCGCACAAUAUUUUAUGUACUUUUGACGUCAAAGAAAGUCUCCGAUUUCAAGUACUGUCUGUGUUGUUGUAGUAAUCGAACAGUAAAUGCUGUUUUUUGUUCUAGACGUUAGAGUAGAAAUGCAAUCACGCACUUAUGUACUGUAUUAUUGUUAUAAAAACUUAGUUUUUACCUUCAGUAUUACGCUGAUGUAGUACGAACUGAUGUUUUACAUCAUUAGUUGAGGGUUUUUUAAUAAUUUUGCUAUCUGCUGUAACUGAUAUGUAUCCAAAAAAAAUAAGAACAAAAUUAAAACUGAAAAAAAAUUUUUUUACCUUCUUUAUUUCUACUUGACACCCUCAUCAAUCUUUAUGAGUAAAAUAACUCUGUUUUUAUUUUCGAAGGGUGCCAAUAACUCUGGUCACGACUGUAUAUAUUUGACAUUUUGCUUUUAAAAAAUUAAUAAAGGCAUUUUUGUCAACAAA